AUGGCGUUGCCUUUACUCACCACAAGAAGAAACUUUGAUCGAUAUAUGGGAAGUGCUAAUAGAGGUCAACGUGUUUUUAAUUACACCUUUCUGUUCUCCCUUCCCAUUGGUGUCAUCCAUCUGUUUCUAGUUUUGAACUUCUGCUGGAGCAGUCCCAGCAUCAAUCCAGCCCCCAGAGUGAGAGUAGAUCCACAAGGACCAUUCACCAAGACACCGUCGUACCCCUCCUCUGAAACAUACGAUGGCACACAGGAACAAACAGAUAACAAUGGAAGGAUAUAUACCAAUAUUUUUCAGAAGAUAUCCGGUGAAGGAUGGCAAGUCUGGCAUGACAAUGAUACCCCACUGUAUCCCCCCUCCGAUGAUACCAACUUGGCAUGCCACUGGGCACGUUUUCGCCCCAAGAGACAGUAUCCAAAUCUAGAUGACGUGAAUACAAGGAUGCUUCGAGAGCAGGAGCAGCCGCCAGUGCAAAUCUGUCUUCACGACGCCAAAUCCGAUCAAUACGUCAGUCGCAAGAUACGAGAACGGGGACACUGGGAAGAUUGCGAUUCCUUGACGUACUAUUGGUAUACAACCAACAAUCUGCACCAACAAUCUACAGAUGAUGAUGACGAUGAAACCUCGUCACAGCAAUGGUUUCUCGACAUUGGAGCCAAUAUUGGUGCAUGCGUCCUGCAAGUACUGCUCACCACGUCUGCGAACAUUAUGGCGUUUGAGCCAGAACCCACCAACCUGUUCCACUUGACAAGCACCAUAUCACGGCUAGAACCUGCACUCCGGAAACGCGUGUACGUAUUCCCCAUUGGCCUGGGAAAUGCUACCCAAAAGGCUCCCAUCCAUGUAGCCGCCGACAAUCGAGGCAACGCGGCCAUUGGACAACCCAUUCCGGACCGACACCAGCAGGAUCAGGUAUUUUUGCCGCCCAACAUGGUUCCUGUUGAACGACUCGAUGAUAUCUUGAUGAAACAACACAAAAUUCGCUUGGCCAAAAUGGAUGCGCAAGGCUACGAAUGCCGCAUUUUGGAAGGGGCCCAAACAACCAUCCUCCAAGAAACAUCCGCACUGGUCUUUGAAUUAGAACGCACCAUGCUACGUGCCAGCGACGAUUGCAGCGAACAAAUGCUAUGGGAUAUCAUUGUACAAGAAUCAUCAUGGGAGGUGUACCGGGACGACUUGUUGCGAAAUGGUGUGGCGCCUGCUUCGGCUCGAGCAUCCAGAAAGACCGUAUAUGCGGAUGGGGUCAAUCUGGUCGCAGUCAAUGAACGGAUGCGAAAGAAUAAUAAGAAUGAGCCAGAGACUGCUAGAUAG